CCCCGCCGCCGCGCGGCCCUUUCUCCAUCUGUGUGUGUGUGUGGGGGUUCCCGUUAGCUUCUGCUCACGCUUCGGUAGCACACAGAAGCUAACAAAAUGUCGCGAGUAUACAUCGGAAGGCUGAGCUACAGGGCCAGAGAAAAGGACGUGGAGAGAUUCUUCAAGGGUUACGGCAAGAUUCUGGAGGUCGACCUGAAAAAUGGGUAUGGGUUUGUUGAGUUUGAUGAUCCCCGUGAUGCAGAUGACGCUGUGUACGACCUGAACGGCAAAGAGCUAUGUGGAGAGCGGGUCAUCGUGGAGCACACCAAAGGACCCCGCCGUGAUGGAGGCUAUGGUGGUGGUGGUGGUGGGGGUGGAGGAGGAGGAGGUGGCGGAGGAGGAGGCGGCGGCGGAGGAGGAGGUGGUGGAAGGAGUGGAUAUGGACGCUGGGGACGGGACAGAUACGGUCCACCUAUAAGGACAGAUUAUCGGCUCAUUGUUGAGAAUCUUUCCAGCCGCUGCAGCUGGCAGGACUUGAAGGACUACAUGAGGCAGGCAGGGGAGGUGACUUAUGCCGACACCCACAAGGGCCGGAGGAACGAGGGAGUGAUAGAGUUCAGGCUCUACUCUGACAUGAAGAGGGCGCUGGAGAAGCUGGACGGCACCGAGGUGAACGGCAGGAAAAUCCGACUGGUUGAGGACCGCGCCGGAGCCCGCCGCCGCCGCUCAUACUCCCGCAGUCGCAGCCGUUCCAGGUCUCGGUCCAGGAGCAGGAGAUCUCGCAAGAGCCGCAGCCGCAGUGAGAGCAGCAGUCGUAGUCGCUCCCGCUCCAGGGCGGCGUCUCGCUCCCGCAGCAGAUCUCAUAGCAAGAAGAACAAGGGCAAGGGCAAGAAGGAGGAAGAGGAGCGCAGCAACGGGGCUCAGAAGAGCAAGGACAGCAGGAGCCGCAGCCCCAAGAGCAAAAAGAGCAAGAAAGAAGGGAAGAAGAGCAAGAAGGACGACUCCCAGUCCAGAUCCCGCUCUCGAUCCAGGUCUCACUCUCGGUCGGGAAUCAAAGAUCGAUCCAGGAAAUCUGGCUCAAAGGGCCGUGAGCAGCCCAAGAGCGACGAUGAGGGCGGUGAACCCGAGAGGGGCUCUCGCUCCCGGUCCCGCAGCCCCAUCGAGUCCAAAUCCAGAGCCAGGUCUAAAUCCAAGUCCAAAUCCAAGUCCCGUUCUCCCUCACCUGCCAAAGCGCGCUCCCGCUCCCGGUCCGCCUCACGUUCAGAGUCCCGCUCCAAAUCUCGCUCCCCGUCUCGUUCCCGUUCCCGCUCUUAGUUCAUGUUUUGGACAGUUUGUCUUGAGCCCAGUGUCUCCUCCCCUCGUCCUUCGUCCACAUUCCCCACACCCCUCAACACUAGCCCGCCUCCUGUUUUUGAUAAAUAGCAGUAGAAUACCAGACACUCGGCCGAUGUCUUUUAUGCACAUGCUUCUCCAUUUCAUUUGACUUUGACGCAGCAGAUUUUUUGUCAUUAGACUUGUCUCGUAUGGAGGUGUUAAUGAAAUAACAGGGUGCAAAUCUCAGUUUUAUAAGUUUCAAUGAUGAUGUGGUGUGUGUCGUAGCCCCCUUUUUUAAUCACAUGUAUUAGCAAACUGUUUUUUGUCAAUAUGCUUGGUGGGAAUAUGAUCCAAAUCUCGCCGUUAGUGAAACCCUUGUAUCGUUUUAUUUCAGAUUAAAAAUUGCCUGUUCUGGAUUAA